AUGGCUACUCAUCAGCUUUUACAGACUAGGCAAAAGAACAAGUCCUCUAAGGAGCUGUUGUUCCCCAACAAAAUUGCUACUGAGCAGCAGUCUGUGGUGCUGGUGAAAAGACUUCUGGCCACCUCUGUGUCCUGUAUAACGUACAUGAGAGGGCUGUUCCCAGAGAGCUCUUACGGAACUCGUUAUUUAGAUGACCUCUGUCUAAAAAUUCUCCGAGAAGAUAAAAGCUGUCUGGGAUCAUUGCAGAUAGUCAAGUGGAUUCAAGGUUGUUUUGAUGCUUUGGAGCGGCAGUAUUUACACAUUGCUGUCCUCGCAAUUUACACCAAUCCCAAGGAACCGGAGACAGUGACCGAACUGUAUCAGUUCAAAUUCAAGUACAAAAAGGAGGUGCCCCAGAUGGACAUCAUCAGCAACCAAAUGAACGUGGUGAAUGGGGUGUGCAGCAAGGAUGUUAGACAGGCCAGCAGGCUCCUGAUCCGUAAGCUGUACCUGUUAAUGCAAAACCUCGGGCCGCUUCCUGAUGACGUUACCCUGACCAUGAAACUCCUCUAUUACAAUGACGUAACUCCCAAGGAUUACCAGCCCCCAGGCUUUAAGGAAGAUGGCAACGCUGGUGACCUGUUGUUUGAUGGCGAUCCUGUCAACCUGAGAGUAGGGUCAGUCUCCACUGGGUUCCACCUCAUGAAAGUGAGAGUCAUAACUGAAAAGAAAAGAAUGGGCACCGUUGAAAGCAACCUGAUCCAGAAGAAUGGCCCUACUGAGAUCUCCCAUCAAGGGUUAGACUGUGAUGAAGAGGAAGAGGAGGGGAGCACAAAGAAUCGCCCUCUCCCUGUCCAAGCAGAUUCAAGUGAGUGUGGACGGGACAAAAGUGACACCCAUCCAGGCUGGAAAACGGAAACAUCUUUUUACUUUCAAGAUACAGGUGGAAAGAAGACGGGAAUAAAGGAGACAGGCAGGAUGCUUUGCUCAAGGGCAUCUCAGCAGCUAAGCUGCCUGAACCUUGCAUUUAGCCAGCAAGAGGUGAUAGGACCCAAGAAGAAAAGGAAGGUCAGUGAACCGGAGAAGCCGCUUCUGGAAGGCGGGAAAUUAUGUUCAUUCUGA